AUGCAAGAGCUGGCCUGGCACAUACAAAUUCAGGUGCAGAUCGGCCCAGUGUACAAGCAUCCAGAAGGGCCCGAUUGGUCCUCACAUUCAAUAUGCAGAUCAGCCCAGCUGGUAAGGUUUAGGCCCAGUGCACAGAUAUCCGGAAGGCCCGAACUGGCCCAGCACAUGCACAUUCACGCAGAUCGGGCCAUCCGAGGUGGGCCCCAAUAUGCAGGCAAGUCGGGUGGGCCUACCAUGGAAGAAUUCCCGGUAGUCAUGGGUGGGCCAUUAGUAUAUGGAUGCGGUACUCAUUUAGUAGGGGUCACGGAUGGGCCCAGCUAG